UGGCAGUUCUCCUGGAUUCACUGUGUCUACAGGAAGAACCAUGGAAUCAUAGAGUUGGGAGAGGUCAUCAAGGAUUCACUACACCAUCCCCAGUAGAUGACGAUCCAGUCUUUUUGAAAACCUCCAGUGAAGGGGAAGAAACCACUCCAUGCGCUCCAGAUCCAUCUUGCUUGGUGGGGCACCCAUGGGGCUCCUGGUCAUCACCUCAAAGCCGGUGCUGGACAGACAGACAGCGCGGCCUGUGGCUGGCGGUGGGGUCUGCAGCAAGGCUGUCUCAGCCGCUGUCCUCAUGAGCACCACGACAGCCCUGUGUGUGGGGAUCCUAGUGUAUUUCCUGGGGGAACAAGAAGCCCACUUUGAGCACCUGGUAGAGCUGCGAGGGAUCCCCUACCAGAGCAGUUUGCAGCAGCCCAGCUCUGGCUACUCCUGCCUGCUGACCCCUAUUCUGGAGCAGCUGUUCAAAAGCAGCUUUCAGAAUUCACCCCUGGACGGCUGCUGCUCCAGGUGCACCGUCUUGCAAUACAGGAAGGGCAAUGCCAGCAUCAUUGUGCGCUUCCACCUCUGCUUCUCCACACAGCCACUCAGCCCUGACAUAGAAGAGGACGUGCUGAGGCGGGGAUUGGCAGCUGCUGUGGGCACCGACGGUGUCAGGGUUCCUGCCUACGGCACCAUCUCAGCCGCCUCCCUCCUGGCAGGGCCGUGGGACCUCGCCUCCUCGGGCACGGCACUCAGGUCAGGAAGGUGUCCCGCGGAGGUCUUUCCCUGCCGCAACGGCCAGUGUGCAGCCAAAGGAAACGUGCAGUGCGACGGCCGGCAGGACUGCAGGGAUGGCUCUGACGAGGCUGAGUGCGAUUGCGGGGCCCGGCCAGCCAUGCGGGCAGCCACGCGGAUCGUCGGGGGAUCGGAGGCCCUGCUGGGCGAGUUCCCCUGGCAGGUCAGCCUGAGAGAGAGCGAGGAACACUUCUGCGGGGCGGCCAUCCUGGCAGCCACCUGGCUGGUGUCUGCAGCCCACUGCUUCAACGAGUUUCAGGACCCGGACACCUGGACCGCCCAGGCAGGCAGCGUCCGGCUGAGCGGCAGCGGGGGCCACCCGGCAACGGCCAGGGUCCUGCGCAUCUUCCAGCACCCCUCCUACAACGCGGAGAGCGCCGACUACGACGCGGCUCUGCUAGAGCUGGCCGAGCCCUUGGCCUUCGGCAAAUACGUCCAGCCGGUGUGCCUGCCAGCCGCCUCCCACCGCUUCUCCCCUGGCAGGAAGUGCCUCAUCUCCGGAUGGGGGUACCUGAAGGAAGACUUCUCCUCUCAGCCCGAGAACCUGCACCGGGCCUCCGUGGGGAUCAUCGAGCAGAAGAUCUGCAGCACGCUCUACAACUUCUCCCUCUCCGACCGGAUGAUCUGCGCUGGGUUCCUGGAGGGGAAGGUGGACUCCUGCCAGGGGGAUUCGGGGGGGCCACUGGCCUGCGAGGAGACCCCGGGCACCUUCUACUUGGCCGGGCUGGUGAGCUGGGGUGCUGGCUGCGCACAGGCCAAGAGGCCUGGCGUCUACGCCCGGAUCACCAAGCUCAAGAGCUGGAUCCUAGACGUCGUUUCGCCCUGUCUCAGCACGACGACACCGCUCAGAUCCAGGACCGCCUCCAGCUCCAUUGCCCCUACCUCCAGCUUGCCUCCCCUGGAGCAAAGGGCCACGUGGCUCAGCCCUAGCACCAGUGCCAUCAGCUUGACCACACCCGGGCUGGCAGUCAGCACCCCCAAGGCCACCCAGCCGCCAGCUGUGCCAUGCACUCCCUCCACGUUCAAAUGCUCCAGCAAAGUCUGCAUUGGGAAAGUGAAUCCGGAGUGUGACGGCGUUGUCGACUGUGCCAAUGGCUGGGACGAGACCAACUGCAACUGUGGCUUAACCCCAGCUGCAGCCUUGAGCAAGAUCGUGGGGGGCAGUGGUGCAGCCCGGGGGGAGUGGCCGUGGCAGGCGAGCCUGUGGCUGCGGCGGAGACAGCACGCUUGCGGGGCCAUCGUGAUUGCCGAGCGGUGGCUGCUUUCGGCCGCUCACUGCUUCGACGUUUACAGCAACCCCAAGAUGUGGGUGGCUGUCCUGGGGACACCCUUCCUGAGUAGCCUCGACGGGCAAGCGGAGAAGAUUGCCCAAAUCCACAGACACCCGUUCUACAACGGCUACAUGCUGGACUACGACGUGGCCCUGCUGGAGCUGGCCUCUCCCCUGCGCUACACCAACACCAUUAAGCCCAUCUGCCUCCCAGACCGCACCCAUGUCUUCAGCGAGGGCAGGCGCUGCACCAUCACCGGCUGGGGCUCCACCAAGGAGGGGGGCCCCACGGCCACACGUUUGCAAAAGGCUGCCGUCCAGGUGAUCGGAGAACAAGACUGCAGGAGGUUCUACCCUGCCCAGAUCAGCAGCAGAAUGCUUUGUGCGGGCUUCCCGCGGGGGGCCAUCGACAGCUGCUCAGGCGACGCUGGUGGCCCCUUGGCCUGCAAAGAGCCUUCUGGCCGCUGGUUCCUGGCGGGCAUCACCAGCUGGGGCUACGGCUGCGCACGGCCUCACUUCCCCGGGGUGUAUGCCAAGGUUACGGCAGUCCGGGGCUGGAUUGGACAGAACCUCAGGGCGUAACCCCGCUGCCCUCGGCCCAGCAGCGCCAGGGCCCACAGGGACCAACCGCCUCAUGGUCCCAAUCCUGCCGGAGCCCUUUCCUGAAAACAA